AUGGCUGGGUCGAGCACUCUGCUCGACCACGCAGGGUCCAUGCCUCCUGUCAGCGGCCAGAAGGCCUUCGGAUUCCAGGGUGGCGCUCGAGGGGGCAGGCGACCCAUACCCCACAUCGACGACAUCGUCUCCGUUACCGUCGACGUCGACACCCAUGCUCCCAUCGAGAAGGUCCUCCAGGUAGCCGAGACUUACCUGCGCCAGGCUGAAUCCUCCAAAAACUUUGGCCGCCCCGACCUGGCGCUGGCCGAUUACAUCAAGACCAACAUCAUCGUCCUCGACAUCAUCAAGAAGAACAAGGGGUGGGUAUCGCUACAGAACGAUAAUAAGACUCAGUAUGAACGGUACCAGCGCCUCUUGCGCCAGGUUCUUGCUGCGCAUACCGAUUUCGAGCAGAUCAAGGCCGAGAUCAAGGCCGACAACCAAGAGAGUGGCGUGCAGCCUACUGUUGUUCGGCCGCUGGCGAAUGGAGAGGGCAUCGAUAGCCGGACAGGACAGGAUAACAUGGCCGCCAAGACAGCUCAGGAUGGCAGCGUGACAGAUCGGGGCGUUCUGAACGGCAGUGCUGGAACCAAGGCGAACGGCACACCGCGCCGACCACCACCUCCUCCAAUCAAGACCAAACCGCAUGUUCACCCGAAACCCCAAGGCCUACACGGCAAUGCCAUCCGGCCAGCCGCUCGGGGAGAUUCGUCGUCGAACAAGGCGUCGCAGGAUCUCCUCCAGCGUUUUGCGAAUCUGCGGGCUAGCACCGCCAGCACUAUUCAAGACCCGCGCAUCCGUACGCAGCCUAUUGCGCCUCAGAAUCUACUGGAGCAGCAGGAUUUGUUGGGAUCGCAGUAUUCAAGCUCUCUUUCAGGCGAUGCGUCUGAUAUGCCAAGAUUGCCCGAUGCCAUCUAUAACCCGGCCAGAGGGACAAUAUCAAAUGAGGCCGCCGAGCUUCCCUCAAGUGCUCCACACGCCAUCUAUACUCGAACAAACUCUACGGCAUCUUUCUCCAGUUAUGCGAAGAGCAGUAAACCCCCUUCGUUUGAGGAGUAUUUUGUGCCUGCCCAGGCGUUUGGCACAAUGUCAGCCCCGGCUCCAGCGAAACGUUCAAAAAUCACCAUUCCAGAUGGCACCACCAUUACUGCUCAGGACCUUUUCCGGUACAUGAAGGCCGGUUCCAAGGAUAUCUCCAUACUCAUAAUUGAUAUCAGGAACCGAGAGGAAUUCGAUGAAGGUCACAUCAUGUCUCAGGCUACCAUCUGUCUCGAGGCUGAAGUCCUCAUGAGAGACCAUAUCUCGGCGAGCCAAAUAGCAGACAGCAUGAUUCUCGCGCCAGCCGCAGAGCAACUCCUGUUUGAAAGGCGCCACGAGUUCGAUUUGGUGGUGUUCUACGACGAGGAGUCUGACCGCGUUGCUGGAAAGGCAGAUACUCCCGAACAGCGGGCGAUCCAGGGCCUCUUUAAUGCCCUCAGCCAUUACGAUUUCUCUGGUGGAUCAGGCCCGAAGUCAGGGCCGAAGUUGCUCAAGGGCGGCCUGGACGCCUGGACAAGCCUCGUAGGCAGGGGCGCCCUACAGUCAUCGUCAACCACCUCGAUGAAGUCCUCAAAGUCAUACACUUCGAGCCCCUUGGUGAGGGGUCUCUUGACCCGCCGUCAGACUCACAUUCCCCGGCCGAUUCAAGACCCAGAGGAAGCCCGGAGGUGGGAGGAAACCAUUUCUGAUAUAGGAGGCAUAUCUCCCGUCAGGACUACAGAAGAAUUUCUCCGUCGGUUCCCCGCCGUGUCGGCGAUCCAGGAGUCGAUGGUAUCCCCAGUUAGUCCCACUGGAAGUCAGCCGCCAACCAGCCCCUUUCAAUCUCGCCUGUCUCACGAGGAGACUCUUUACACCUCUUUACCGUCACCACCAACUCGCCCACCCCCCACCCUUCCACGGAGGAGCUACAGCGGACUCGCCGAGGCAGAAAAUACCUCGCCAUUAAUGGCUAAGAGGGCAACCAUGAAGGCGGGGGUGGAACAUUUCCGGGAAAAUCGGACAGGAUUACAGAACCCUGGGGUAUUCUGCUUCGCAAACAGCUCCUUACAGGCCAUGUUUGCCACACCUGGUUUCGCCCGCGAGCUAUGGACCGGCUCCUGGAAGGAUACAUACCCGGUGCCUAUGAAACGUGAUGAGAGAUACCAAAACCCCCAGUUGCUUAUCAAGUGCCUCGCCAACCUAUUUCACUGGCUAGACCAGGGGACAUUCAAGUCCCUGGAAGCUAAAACUGUUAUGGAGUAUAUAUAUGCUAUCCAUAUGUCAGGUGUCGAUGGCAAGAAGAAGCCAGAAUCUGAAAUAUUUGGAGGGCCGGCACAACAAGACGCCCAAGAAUUCUACUCGUUCAUCAUGGACAAUAUCCACGACGAGACAAACAUUUACAGGGACAAAAAGCCCCCAAAGGAGGAAAAGCCCUACACUCCCAAAGACGGCACCAUUAUCCAAAACGCCAUGGACUACUGGCGAGACUAUUCGAGCGCGAGCGCUUCCAUUAUCGACAAAUACUUCCGGGGUCUAGAGGUGUUCAUUUCGCGCUGUCACAACCGGACAUGCCGCCAAGAAAUACGGCUCUUCCAACCCUGCGACGUUUGGAUCCUCAACCUGGCUGGUGUGAACGAUCCCACAGAUCUGGAUCAACUCCUCGUCAACCAUCAAGCGCCGGAGCAAUUCCCGGACCUUCUCUGCGAGACAUGCAACAAGCCGGGGAGGACGAGGAGAUCGAGAUUUGCCCGGCUGCCCAACCGCCUCGCGUUUUGUCUUAACCGCUUCCACACCCUAGGGGGUUCGAUGGGCGGCAGCGCGGGCGGCGGGCGGGCGGCGGCCAACAAGAUCCACACCAAGGUCCGCUUUCCUAUCCGCGACCUCGACCUAACCAAGUACUGCGCCGAGCCGGACCCGGACAUGACGUCGACCGACGACCCGCACUUCGCCGGCCGCAUGCGCUAUGACUGCUACGCCGUCACGGUGCACGUCGGCCACGGCAUCAACGGCGGCCACUACUACAGCUACGUCCAGGACGAGCUCUCCAAGGACCCCGCCAGCUGGUACCGCUGCAACGACGACGUCGUCGACCGCGUCAAAAUCGGCACCCCGGGCGCCGUCGGCGACUUCACCGAGACCAUGUACCAGAACGGAAACACGUCGGCCUAUAUGGUGUAUUAUCGGCGCCAAGGGACGUGA